AUGUUGCAGAAUCCUUCCAAAUAUCACGCAAAUCCCUUGUCACACUUCCUGGCAUUGCAUAACACACAGGCACACACAGGAGGUGCCGCUGCAGCAGCCAGUGGCGGUGCAGGAGUGGGCUUGGGGGUGGGCGUGGGCGUGGGUGUGGGAGGCAUCUCUGCACAUGGUCAACCGCAUCAUGCGUUGCCCACAGCAGCUUUGGCGGCGGCAGCAGCUGCGGCGGCCGCCGUCUCGGCAGGUCAGAGUUCGUACCAAAUGGAGCACCAGCAGCAACAUCACCAUCAUCAUCAUCAUCAGGAGCAGCCAGUGCAACACCAACAACUCCCCCACCCAGACAGCCACCACCCACCGACAACAGGCAGCAACAGCAGCAACAACCACCGGGAACAGUUGGCGGCGGCCACUGCGACGUCGCACGCGCAGCUCUUCGAGGCGGCAGCGGCGCAUUCCUCCCUCGACGUGGGCAAGUCCUUUACAAUAGCCGCCAUUUUGGGGCUGCAGAGCCAGGGUCGCAAGGACUACAACAAUGCCAUCAAUCUGUCUCUCAAUGGCGCCGCACGCGAUGCCAUUGACCAGGACAGCAGCCACAACCACAGCCACAACAACAACAACAACAACAACCACAACAACAACAACAACAGCCAGAGUGUAAAGAACUUCAAUUGUGAUAGCAGUCGCUACCUGCCCCCGCACCACCCGCACCAUCAUCCACCUGGAUUUGCGGCCGCCGCCGCUGUGGCAGCCGCCGUGGGGGCAGCAGCUCCCUCGGCCCUGCAGAGCCUCCAACAGCUCCACCAGCAGCAUCACGCCCAGCAGCAGGCCACGCUCAGCUUCCAGCGGGAGAAGCUCAAGUCGGACUCCCACAAGAAGAGCUCGCUGAAGAACAAGCGCGUGCGGACCAUUUUCACGCCAGAGCAGCUGGAGUGCCUGGAGGCGGAGUUCGAGCGGCAGCAGUACAUGGUGGGGCCGGAGCGACUGUACCUCGCCCACACGCUCAAGCUGACGGAGGCGCAGGUUAAGGUGUGGUUCCAGAAUCGUCGCAUCAAGUGGCGCAAGCACCACCUGGAACUCACCCAGCAGCGGCUAGCCCUGAUCCGGCAAACCCAGCUGCCGGGCACGGUCAUGGGCACCGGUUCCGGCUCAGUGGGCGCCAAUGCAGGCGGAUCCGGGUCAACAGAUCUCAACGCCGGAUGCAGUGCAGCCUCGCCCAGUCUGCAGGAGGAGGACAACGAGGACAGCAAGCAAUCGCUGUCGCUGCCCAUGCCGCCCCUGAGUCGAGCCCAGUCCGAGUCCGAUCUGUCCAUCUGCAACGACUCCCUGGACGGCGACAGCCUCAUGGACGGCAGCGAGGAGGCCUAA